GAAAACUUCAAAAUCAGGAAUAGAGAAGAUGGAAAACACAGAUAAACUAAUGGCAAAAAAACAGCAACUGGUUCCAGGCAUCUGGGGUAUCAGGAGCAGCUUCCAUUCCCUCAUUAUCCUCCUUAUUGUCGUCCUACUCCUUGCCUGCGUUUAUGAUCUACGCCGGUAUAGCAUUCAGGACCAAUUACUAGGAGCACACAAAAAUUCAAAUGUUGUAGCAGCAUUAUCAGGGUGCAACUUGUUAUCCGGACAAUGGGUAUAUGACAACAAAUCUUACCCUCUAUAUAAGGAAAAAGAGUGCAUGUUCAUGUCAGACCAAAUAGCUUGUGAAAAGUUUGGGAGAAACGACAUGAACUACCAUUUUUGGAGAUGGCAACCUCACCAAUGUGACCUCCCUAGGUUCAAUGCCACAGCACUUCUUGAGAGGCUAAGGAAUAAGAGGCUUAUGUAUGUGGGGGACUCACUGAACAGAAACCAGUGGGUUUCCAUGGUCUGCCUCUUGGGCUCAGUCAUCCCUGCACCCUACAAGUCCAAAUACCAAAAUGGCUCAUUAUACACCUUCAAGGCCAUUGAAUACAAUGCAACAGUUGAGUUCUAUUGGGCUCCUUUAAUGGUGGAAUCCAACUCCGAUGAUCCGGUGAACCACCGAAUGCCGGACCGGAUUGUUAGAGUUCAGGCAAUUGAAAAGCAUGCCCGGUAUUGGACUGAUGCAGACAUUUUGGUGUUCAAUUCCUAUCUUUGGUGGAGAAGAGACCAGAUGAAGGUUUUGUGGGGAUCUUUUGACAGUUCAGAUGGAAUUUACAAAGAGAUGAAGACGUUAAGGGCAUAUGAAAUGGCACUAAAAACAUGGGCGGAUUGGUUGGAAGUUCAUGUCAAUAGAACCAAGACCAAGUUGUUUUUUGUUGGCUUGUCACCCACACACGAAAAGGCUGAAUCGUGGGGAGGAGAAAAAGGACAAAAUUGUUACAAUGAAACAGAACCAGUACCAAGGGAAGGAUACCUGGAGAUGGAAUCAGAUCUUGAGCCAGAGAUGAUGCAGGUAGUAGAGAAGGUGCUCCAUGAAAUGCCAACGAGAGGGUUGAGUGUGCAGUUUAUAAACAUCACACGACUUUCCAUGUACAGGAAAGAAGGUCAUCCAUCAAUUUACAGGAAGCAUUGGGAGCCAUUGACUGAUGAACAAAUAUCCAACCCCAGCAGUUACGCAGAUUGUAUACAUUGGUGCCUCCCUGGAGUCCCUGAUGUGUGGAACGAACUUCUCUACGCUUACAUCUUUGACAAAGAUGAACUGAAUUCAGUAAACAAAGCCCUGUAACUUCUGGAAUGAGAUUUACAGUCUUGAUCGGACAGCUUCUCAUGUAACUGUAAUGAAAACUAUGUAUGCAA